GUGUGGGAUAAGCGUCAUCAACGCACCUGCCGAGUGAGAACUGAGCACACUCCUGCCAAGGAACCCAAGAUGCUCGGGCCAGAGGCUGAACGUGGAAUCCGUUUGCUACACCCAACUGUUCGUGAUGGCGAGGCGUACUCCCACAACUCGCUCCGCAAGAGGCGGAGCUUCGAGCCGUCUGCGGAGGCGGCACGACGAUCAAGAACAUGAAAUCCCGGCUGUCUACCGGGAGAUGCUGGCCGAGGCUGAAGCCCGAGAGCCUUCUAGGCCAGAAGAUGGCCAACCCCUCAAGAGAAGGAGGCUUGCUGGUCAGAAAUCCGUAUCCAGCCCUCGACCCUUGAGUCGAGAAGUCACUCCACAAGACAACCAACCUGCCGUUCCCCAUGUCCAGACGGUGUAUGAUUCUCCAUCAUCAUCUGAUGAGUCAGACAUGGAGUGGGAAGAGGUUGAUAUCAACCAGACAUCAUAUAAUAAUCAAUCGGAUGAUACGUCGAUCCAGGUCACUCUGGACCGGCCCGAGGAUCGAAAGCGCAAAGUAGUCUCAAGGCGAAGGGUGGUUACAGCUGCAGAGAAGCAGCUGAGAUUAAACAUACAUAAGGUCCAUUUGCUAUGUCUUUUGCGCCACGUGCAGAUACGUAACCUUUGGUGCAACGAUGAGGAAGUACAGGGCUUCCUUAAACGAAUGCUGUCCAAACAAAUCAUCUCACUAUUGCAUCCCUCUGAGAAGAGGCCACAGCAGACCAGGUCAACAACCUUCGUUGAUGGACUAAACCAAGCGAGUGAUGCCUUCAACAGAAGGUUUAGGGUGACAGCGCCCGGGCUGAGACGCCCUUUCUGGAUAGAUUAUCCUGACUCCUUGAAGCAACGAGCGGAACACAUUAUAAGUGACGCCGAGGUCUUCCUGUCGCGGGAAGACUUUCUCAAACAAGCAAGAACAAUGCAAGGCUCGCGAGACUUUGGCGCUCAAUUGUUUUGUGCUUUACUACGGUCUGUGGGAGUGGAGGCAAGGCUUGUCUGCUCUCUGCAGCCAUUGCCAUUUUCGGGCACCACCAAGGAUAUGCCACCUGGGAUCCCUGGAAAUGCUGUUCCUACACCAGACAGCCCUGAUAGGUCGGGCGGCGCAGAAUCACAGUUGUCACGGCGUUCCAAUACACGAAGGCUUGCCCGACCACAGUUUGCGCCAUCUCGACCAGGAACCCCUACCAGAAGUUCGCCCAACCCUAUCCGGGAAUCGUCACAUCCGAUCUUCUGGGUUGAAGCCUUGAAUGAGGCGGUGAACAAAUGGAUACCCAUUGAUACUUUGGUUACCAAGUCCCUCGCGAAGCCAUCCAAAUUUGAGCCCCCAGCAAGCGAUCCGUACAACCUUAUGAGCUACGUGGUAGCUUUUGAAGAUGAUGCUUCCGCUAGGGAUGUCACGCGGCGCUACGUAAAGGCGUUCAAUGCAAAAACCCGCAAGUUGCGCAUUGAGUCAGUCAAGAACCAUGUGAAUUGGUGGAACAGGGCGCUGCGCUUCUACGAGAAGCCAUUUUUGGAAGAUCGGGAUGAGUUGGAGAUCAGCGAGCUGACUUCGAAGACGGCUGCUGAGCCGAUGCCUCGGAACAUUCAAGAUUUCAAGGGUCAUCCCUUCUACGCCCUUGAACGACAUCUUCGUCGGAAUGAAGUCGUCUUUCCAAAACGGGUGAUUGGACAGGUUAGCCUUGGCAAAUCAGGGUCGAAGAAUCAGAUCCUGGAACCGGUGUAUCGCCGGUCUGAUGUGCAUGCCCUCCGGAGUGCGGAUCGAUGGUACCGCUUAGGACGGGACAUCAAGACUGGCGAGCAACCGCUAAAGCGUGUUGCGUCGAGGAAGCCACAGGAGCCAUUUGAUGACGAGGAUGAGUCUGUUGCCGAAACACCUCUGUAUGCUUACUACCAGACACAGAUAUACGUACCCCCGCCAGUGGUUCGAGGGAAAAUACCAAAAAAUAUCUAUGGUAACUUGGAUGUCUUUGUACCCAGCAUGGUACCUCCUGGUGGUGUCCACAUUACUCGUCCGGAUGCUGCACACGCUGCCAGAAUACUUGCUAUUGACUACGCAGACGCUGUUACCGGAUUCAACUUCAAAGGACGGCACGGAACUGCGAUACUCCAGGGAGUAGUCAUUGCCAGCGAAUACCGGGAGGCACUUGAAGAAGUGAUUGAGUGUCUGGAGAGUGAGAAGAUGCAAGCUGAACUAGAAAGAAAGUCGGCCGAGGCACUGCGACUGUGGAAGCACUUCCUUCUUAGGUUGCGCAUUGCAGAAAGGGUCAAAGGCUACACCGUCGAAGGAGAGCGAGAAACUGAGGCAGCGGACGAAAACUCUCAGGCUCUUGAUCCAGAAGAAUUUGGCGGCGGGUUUCUCCCUGAGCCAGAAGAGGCAACGUUGGAUAACAUGGUCCCAUCCAAAACCCAGGAACCUACGGACAGAGACGUGUCGAUGUCUGCCGCACCCGAUGAUGAGCUCGGUGGAGGGUUCAUCCCAGAAGCAAGUGCGGAUGAGACUCCUUUACCCCAAAGCAACAAUCCAAGAAGGGGCCAUACGAACCGCCCAGCAGACCCUCCACAAUACAGUCUCGUUGUUGUGCCCAAAAUCGAGACUCCGGAUCAGGCACCUUCGAUCCAAGCUUUCACGGGUGCUCCUAGGGAUACUGGGCUUUUAACAGAAACCCAACCAGAGGACCUAGGGUAUCCAUCACAGGUUACAAACCACACAUUAGACACAUCUUUUGUCAAAGCCACUCCGAAAAUUUUGGAAACCCACCAGACCUCUUCACAAGCCGAAUCACGGUCGCCCACUCCUGGCAUCACCAGCCAGGACACGCACAGCGAUGAGGAAACCUCUUUAUUGUCGCAAGACCCUGAAGACGAGGAUGCCAUUCCAGAGUGGCUGAUGUCGGAUUAAUUGCAUAAAUCUUGUGAUUUGGCAUGAUUGGAUACGCUCGCAUCUCUGAACAGUACUGCUAGCGGGUGCAUAUCGUAUUGGACUUUUGGACUUGGAAAUAGGUUCAUAGUAUACAUCCAUUAUAACAGCGCUGGGUAUAGGUGCAUCACCAGAGAUUUGUAUGACGGUUGCUCAAAUACAAGGCUGUGAGGCAUCCUUGU